AUGGCAUCCCCAAACCAGGCUCAGGGCUCUGCGCCAGCCACUCAGCCCGCCUCACCCCCAGUCGAAUCAUCCACAGCGGCCAACGGCGUCGCCGCCCCGGCCGCAAGCACUACCACUGCCCAAGCAUCAAGCACCGUGCCAGCAACAGCACCCACCACUUCCACAACACAGCCACCACAAAUUCCCGGCACAUCUCUGCAAGAUAGCGGAAAAUCGCGACGACCGCGCGACGUGCGACUCGUGCACAUGCUCCUGGCCUCACUCGGCGUAGGAGGAUACCAAGACCGCGUUCCCCUCCAACUCCUCGAUUUCGCAUACCGCUACACCUCAAACGUACUUCAAGAUGCAGUGCACCUCGCCACGGAAGGAUAUGCUGGUGCUGUGCCGGAUAGUUCCGGAACAGGGGCAGGGAAGGGGUCUGCGUCCGCGGAGGUCAGCAGUGUGUCUUUGCCAGCUCUUCGAUUGAGCAUUGCGUCGCGCCUGCAUUAUCAGUUCCAGACCGGUCUCCCGAAGGAUUUCUUGAUGGAGGUUGCAUCGGAGAGAAACCGUAUUGCUCUUCCUGGUGUAUCGCGCGGUUUCGAUGCUGCUGCCCAGGGGCCCAACGGCACAGCACCUGGUGCCGCGAACCAAAGCGUGCUCGUCGGGGGUAUGCGGCUGCCGCCAGAGCGAUUCUGCCUCACUGGUACGGGGUGGAAUAUGAAGGAUGAAUGGGAGAGCGAAGGAGAGGAGGAUAUGCCUGAUGCACCGCAGCAGUCUGGCUCGGGUCCGGCGGCUGAUGCCGAGGAAGGCGAAGGUGGUGAUGAUGACGAUGGAGAUGGAAAGAUGGAGGACCUGUUCGGCGAGGACACCACAAUGGGCGAGGCUGGGGAAGGAGAUGAAGAUCAGAAAAUGAACGAUGCCUAA